UAUUAGUGGGUGGUAAUAUUUAGACAUGCAAGUUAUUGAAAUCUGUUUAUGCUAUAUUAAAUUGAAUGGGCUUGUAUAUAUUUUUGGCCCAGUUCCAAAUUUAUCUUAAAGUAAUUUCCUUUGCCAAGAAUGUGACACUGUUUAAAAAUUAUUUUUCCUUCAAAUCAUGGCCAAAAUUAUUGCCAGAAAAGCAGCUCCAUUCUUAAUAAUAUGUGCUAAAAGUUUAUUGUAAAAUAAUUAAGGAUUAAGGAAAAUUGAUGGUUUUUGUUGUGCAGUUAUUAAUGGACCAAACAUGGCUAAUGAACCUUUAAUUGUUGAAGCUGUCUACUCGUUUAAGGGAAACAAUAAUGAUGAGUUAUGCUUCAAAAAAGGAGAUUUGAUUACCAUCACUCAGCAAGAAGAUGGAGGAUGGUGGGAAGGCACGUUAAACGACAAAACUGGAUGGUUUCCAAGUAACUAUGUUAAAGAAUGCAAAGUACAAACAGCGGUGCAACAAAGCCAAUAUAAAGGUGUUGUGCUGAAAGACCUGAUUGACUCAGAAAAAGCCCAUGUUACAGAAUUGGAAGGACUUGUCACCAAUUUCUUGCAGCCUUUAGAAAAAAGCAAUAUAUUAACCUCGGACGAAUAUAAACAGUUAACGGGGAACAUAGAGGAAGUACUUGAAAAUCAACAAAAACUUUUAGGGCUUAUUGAAGCGGAGUCCCUUAAAACUGGCAAUGAUCAACGAGUUGGUAGACUUUUUCUUACGUGGGCGCCGAAAAUUAAAAAAAUACACCAAACCUAUUGCUCCCUACAUCCCAGAGCAGUGCUUAUAUUGGAUAAAUACAAGGAGGAACUGGCAAAAUAUAUGGAAUCAAAAGGGGCGGCCAGCCCUGGAGUUUUGGUAUUAACUACAAUGUUGAGCAAACCGUUUAGAAGAUUGGAAAAAUAUUCGGGAAUGCUUCAAGAACUGGAACGCCAUGUUGAAGAGUGCCAUCCUGAUCGAGGCGACACGCAAAGAUCAGUUGCCGUUUACAAAGAAAUUGCUACCAAGUGUUUAGCUGUUAGAAGACAAAAAGAACUGGAACUACAAGUACUAACUGGGCAAGUAAGAGGCUGGGAGGGACCCAGCCUAACCACUCUCGGUGAAAUAAUUUGCAUGGGUUCUGUUGCAUUAGGUCCUCAACACAAUGACAGAUAUUUUGUACUGUUUCCCACAACUCUCCUUAUAUUAUCAGUCAGCCAUAGGCUUAGUGCAUUUAUUUAUGAGGGAAAGUUGUUUUUGUCUGGUCUUACAGUAAAUCGUUUGGAAGAUAAUGCGCAAUAUAAAAAUGCGUUCGAAAUAACCGGUGCCAUGAUAGACAGAAGAUUAGCCGUGUGCCAAAGCAAAGAAGAAGCAGACCACUGGGUGGAUCUGCUGCGUAAAUCUAUGCCGAGAAGCUCUACCACUUCCCUUAACCAAAAGGUGGCGCCGUCUCAGGCUCAGUACGUUCCUCAACCACCUCCUCAUCAGUUGAAUCUUCGUGGUUAUUCGAAUAGAUCUUCGGUGAUAAGUUUUAGAGUAGAGUUAAAUUAUAAGCCUACAAACCCGCCGGAAAAUUACCCUCCCACCGCUCCAUUCGCAGGUCUAACAAAAUAUUUCCAUAAAUUGAUCAAAGAAAAGAUCAUUACUCAGCGCUUAUUAAGACAGUUGCUUUACAGCGAGUACCUAAAUAAAAUGAACCUCAACUUGGUAAGAAUACGGCAUCACAAAAGCGAGUGCGUUAUAGUGACUAAGAGUUACCAUCUCAGAGACAGCAUCAUAAAUUGCGAUAGUGACAGUGAUACCGACAGCGAUAGCAGCGAUUCGGAUUCUAGUGAUGACGGCAACAUAAAGCGCCAAAAUGCCGUGGACUUGGAUUCGGACUCGGAAGACAGUUCCGACAAUCCGUUCGGGUACAUUCGUUACUACAACCCGCGAACUGGGUUGGAGAGGGAGGAGAAAAAGUACGAGAGUUUUGUGGAUUACGGCGAACCGUUUGUUGCCAAACCCGGCGCUCUAGUGAUUUUGGAGGACGAACCCAAAAAGAAAAGCAUCGUUGUUACCUCCACUGCUACCCUUAAAUUAACGAAGCAAGAUUCCGAGUCAUCAAACGCCAGUUCCUUUGUUACCUCGAAGCCUAAUUUGGCUUGCAUCGAUAUUCCCAACUUGGACGACAACACGGAAAUGAGUGUUUUAUCGGUACCUCAGAAUUACAUCCCUAACGCGAGGCAAAGCUGUCCUACAAAGUUCGUCGGCAAUAAAUUCAACGAAAGCAGUCUCACGACGAUUUACAUACCAUCUUGGUCGAACAGCGAUAAUAACAUAUCUUGCCAAACUAAAUUUGAAGUUCACAGUAAUAGCUCUAGCACAACGCAUUCCAGCAGUCUGGAAUUGCCUGUGAAUACGCUACCUUUGCCGGAUAACAUAGUAGCAGAAUUAUUGUACAACAUUGACGGCGAAUUUAAUCAAUCGGAAUCGUUAGAUAGCGAUGUAACGGAACAUUCUUCCAGAACGGUGAUUAAACCGCCGAAAAUGUUUGAAAACAAUACUUUAAGUUUAGAUAUAAAACACAUCGGUUUCCGCAAGCACAGUAUUAAUUCCGACAAACCGAGGCGACGAUCCAGCAUCCAAAUAAAUCCGCAAGAUUUUAGCGAAGAAGUCUGCAGAUGCUGCAUGGACAAUUACAGUCCGAGGUCUUCUGAUUCCGGUAUGGCCGGAAGUUGUACGCUAAAUUCUCCGGAUCUGGCCGGCUGCUCCAUGCAGCAGCGUUGCAGUAUGGACAAUAUGUCGAACUUGUUUCACAAAUUCAGUGAUCUCCCGCCGUUUUCAGGCGACGCCUGCAGGAAUGUUAUAUCCCUGAGUGAAAUCGAAGCCAGAGACUUUGAGUCCGAGUGUCAGUGCACUUCGCCGUUUGACUCCACGCCGAGAACUUUCUGUCAGCCGUACGUAUCGGAAAACGUGUUCACCGGAUCUCGCGAGAGUUUGCGCACCUCCGUCACCUCCAGUAUUGAUAUACUACCCAAAAUCCAUUCCAGCGAAAUUAAAUUAGAACCCAUACCCGAUCCCGAAUGCGUCGAGCGAUGGGAGCAAGGCGACAACUCUUCGAGCGGAUCACGAUGCAGCGAAGAAAAAACUUACGACGACAAUCCGCCGGUUUACAAGUCGGGCCUGUAUGCGCAUUGGUGGCUCAAGGCGAAAAUACCGAACAGCGUUCUCCGGGGAAUCUAUCAGGACACUCGCUCUCCUACUACAGAUGUCUCCACAACACGCAGCUCAGGGGACAACAUCCCCGACAAACAACCGCACCGGAAGCAUUAGCAACAUCAUAAACAAUAACAACAACAUCAACGUAUCGCCUGCACCGCCCCCUCACGGAAUCGGCCCGAACCAGAAAGGUUGGGCGGCCACCUCCUUGAGACCGGCGCCACCCCUGAGACCCACACUCGCCUUGGGCUCGCACAACGAACCCCCCUACAUCAGGUACAACAGCAAACCGGCCGAUACGCAAGAAGACGGACUGAUAUUCGAUUUAAUCGAGACGUAUUACGCGCUGGCCAAGCCCAGGCACACUGUUAACUCAGUGGAUCUGUUAACCGGCGGUAACGUACAAAUGCAUGACAAACUGGCACGCAGUCACCGUUCCAGCUUGGACUUGAGCCGCGCGUCCUCUGCGACGACCUUCGGCGCUGCUACUGCGCAGCAGCAGCAGCCGCUAAACGCGCGACUCUAUCGGCCGCACGGGCCGCGCGCCUCCACUUGGUGCUGCGGCUCGUUCGUCGUCCGGCAGCUGCGCAGAACGCAGCACUACGAAUGAAUGGCGUGUCGUUUGUGUUUCGUGCUUUUUGUAUCAGAGUCAAUCCAUAUAUGAAAACGCAGAAACUCGAUGCUCGACCAUCUUGGAUUUUGCUCAAAUUUUACAGAAAUAUUCAUUAGGGUCUCAAAGGACAAAAUACACCCUUAUUUAAUUUUUCGCAUGUGUCAAAUCCGGCCUAAUCGAAUUAAAACUCUUUAAAAACGUCAAUAAUUUAAGCUGUAAUUUUUUUUCUAUUAAUAGUAGAGAUGCGACUUAAAAAAUGGUUUUUUUUCACAUUUUAGGUUUUUUUUCAAGAUUAGUCCUAUUUGCCUAAUUUUUUAUGUUUUCAUGGACUAAAAUUAGCCACUAAAUGACAAUUAUUAAAUGUAAAUACAGUCUCGCGUUAGGCACUCGCCACAACCACCGAUUUGACCAAUAAGGGCCGCGCUUAUUUUGAUUUGGUCCUAAAAAAGUAACUACAUAUAAUAUUUUUGAUUCAGCGCUUAAUUUUUCAAGAAGCUACCAAAAGCACUUUUUUCAUGAUUUUUCAAAUUUAUGUUGAGUAUGGAUUUUUUUUUUAAAACAAUAGCAAAUUCUUGUAGAACAUUUAUUCAUUGGUGGUCAGAAAAAUUCCGUGAACCAAAAAAAAAAUCGAUUUUUUUUUAUUACUGUAUUCGUUAGAAUUGAGCGUUGCACGUUUUUCAUUUAAAAAUCUCAAAACUAUAAACAAGCUUCAAAUUGCUUUUUUUACGGCUCCAAUACGACCAUUUUUAACAAAUAUACAGCUAUCCGAAAAAUCGCAAAAAAAUUUGUAUCCUUUAAUUUUUUGUAUUACCUAUUGGUUUUUAAUGUGGAAACUACCAAAUAAUAAGAAAUCAGAUUUUUUAGUCUUCGUCAAAAUUUUUAAUAAUGAAAAAUGUAAUAUAUUCUACAUUUUACUCAAAAUUUCAUUUUG